AUGACUGAGCCCAUUGCCAUCAAACUCUACAGGGCCAUAUGCACCCUCAGUCUGAGGUUCUCUGCAUUCUCCAUAGCAACCUGCGUGGGCCUUGCAUCAUACCACAUCCUGGGGCUGGCCUUUGUCCUGCGCUUCAUGGGAGGCAUGACCAGUCUGCACACAAUCCUUGGCACCAUGUUCCAAGUGCUCUUCUGGUCUUGGGAGAAUGGAGACCUGACCUGUGACAUCAACAACAUGAUGGUGGCCAUCAUCUGUGCCACUGAUCCCAGCAGCUACUACUGUCUGAACAGGAAUGAGGUGGAGUACAUGUUCACUAUCCCUCUGAGCUAG